CACGUCGGAGGGGACGGUAGUCAGCGCCCAAGAUGCCAUCCAAUCAGUAUCACCUGCUGCAGCUGCAGCUGCACCUGCUGCUCUGCGCCUUGCUGCUGACCUGCAGCUGCACCUGCGGCCAAAGGACACCGGUUCGCGUUCCACCGCGGCAGCUGCAGCUGCCCAACUUUGGGGGCGAGAGCUUCGAGAGAUUCGACACCGGAGCGGCAGCCACAUCCACAUCGGCAUCGACGUCGAGCAGCGGAAGCAGCGAGAGCCAGGAGACCAGCGAGGAGAUGCGGGAGCAGCUGAAGCAGCUGCUGGGCGACCAGCUGGCCACCGCCUUUGCCCCCCUGGGCACCACGCCGUUCACCAGGCGGCAGCCGGCCAUUGCGUCGCCCAGCUCGGGGGCAGCUGCUCGUUCCCAGUUCGCCAACGAUCCGGAUCAGGGCCAGGAAGUGGAAUCCCCGGAGCAGGACGGCGAGCAGCAGGAGGAGCAGGAGCAGGAGGAGGAGGAGGAUGCAGAGGAAGAGGAGCCGGAUCAGGAGCAGGAGGAGGCUACUCCGCAACCUCAGCCACAGCCACAGCCUCCCGCUCUUUCGCCGGUUGCAGGAGGCGCCGUGGAGCAGCCGUCUGGUGGUCAGGUGGGGGAGCAGGAGCAGGAGCAGGAGGAGGAGCUGGAGGACUAUAAUGCCUGGCGCGACAAUUUCUAUGAACUCAACGAGGACGGCAGCUACGUCUUUGGCUACUCCAUUCCGCACGGCAUCCGUCGCUUUGAGAAGGGCUACUACUCGGAGGAGCAGCAUGGCCGGGUGGUCGAGGGCUUCUAUGUCCAGCCGCGCCACGAUGCCCAGGGCCUGAGAUACGAGCUGCGCUGCUACACAGCCGACUCCGAGGGCUAUCAGCCACUGCCAGUGGAGUUCCUGAGGACGCCGCCCGUCGUAGUGCGCGAUGCAGUGCCGCGUGUCAAUUGCUUUCGAAAUGCUAAGAAAUAAUAUGGCAAAAUAACCCGAAAAUAAACAGGAACCAACCAACC